AUGGCAUCUCAAAGAGCUUCCCAAGCCCAGAAGCUGGCUAGGACUGCAUAUCUCUGGAUUGACUCAAUCUGCAUCGACCAGGAAGGCAAUCGUGAAGAGAAGAAUGCUCAGGUCAGUAUGAUGUACAAAAUCUAUCGGAAGGCCACAGAAGUGCUUGUCUGCGUCGGAGAGCAUGAAGGCGGCAGUGAACGGCUGAUGGCUGUCAUCGGAGCUCUCAGCUACCCACUGCAGGUCAUAUCUCAGGAAGGUACGCCUUGGAGGACCAGAUUCUUCUGGAGGACGUUUUUCGCCACGCUGGGUACUUCCGAGAUCGAGGACAUCCUUGUGUUGCUAGAAAACUUCGAGAGUCGUCCGUAUUUCAAACGACUUUGGAUCGUACAGGAGCUUUUCGCCGCUGGCAAGAACAAACAACUCGUGUGCGGUCCUCACGUGCUACCUUAUCAGCUUCUUCGCGCCUUUCUCGCUGCGUUCAUUGAAGGGAAUCGGGAGCUUCGGCUUGAUGAUAGUCACAAGUUUCCCUACUUGUCCACAACAUGCUUCGAUUUAGCGGUGAGGCCUAACAUGGAGUCAAUCUUCCUACGAUUCGGAGUACAGCACCUAUGCUUCGAUCCGCGCGACAGACUCUUCGGUAUGAUAUCCUUUCUGAACACAAAAUCCAGCGUUAUGCCCGUGCCUCCAGUCGACUACAGCAAAUCUACGCUCGAUCUAGCUCUCGACUUAGCGCCAUUCUACGAUAGCGACCAGCCCCAUCGUCUCCCGAAAAAGGUGUUCUCAAGAGGCCGAAUCGUCGCUCUUGUCGAUGCCGUCGCAGAGGCUGGAGAUCUGCUCAUAUCUCUGAUCGCGACACCUGCUAGUGAAAUGAACAACCUAUUGGUGCUGAGACCUGUUUCUGGAAACACAAAUGGCUAUAUGAUCGCCGGACAAGGCAUCGCUUUCUACAAGUUCGGCAUGAACAGUAUGGGCGCACAGCGAUGCCAAUGCGAAGCCACGCAUCGAAGUCAGCAUCCCAGAUUCGAAAUGCAUUUCAGCCUCGCCUUAAGCACACGCGAACUUCUGGCGUACAUCGGACAAGAUUUCAUUGGUCCUGACUAUUAUCAUACAGCCUUCGAUAUCGACAAACGCUUGGAGAGACUUGCGAUUUGUCCGAUUCCUACACUUUCAACUUCGCGCGUACUGGACACGCGGGUACUAAGAUGUUACGCCAAUGGCGCUUCAGAGAAUGCCGAUGUGAGCAACUGCGGACCGCAGACUGUGAUUCGGGAUUCGAAUAUGAAUGAUGUUUCUGAGCUGGAGAGCAGUGACGACAGUACAGGAUAUGGCAGCAUAGGAACCUCAUCAGAUGAAAGUGUCGACUUAGGCGAUGUUUCGGCCUUGUCCAUGACGGAGAGGCUGGAGUGUCGAGGAGGAAUCAUGGGCUCGUUGCAAGGAAUCAGUGCUCGCAGUCGUGUUGCGCAAGCACGCCGGGAUGUUCUCAUCCAUGUCAGGCUUGGAAGGGUCGCCAUUGAGGCAUUCGCACAUCAUCGAAGGUACCUACGCUUGCUUCUCAAGGACCUGGUCAUUGCUCAUAUCCUACCCUGCCAGCUCCAUACCUUAUACUCGUCCAAAAAGACAAUCUUCAUCGCCACUGAAUUCGAAGUCCAGGUGCAUCCAGGAUAG